AUGAUGGCUUUCACUCUGUUGUUUUGGAAUGCCUUUAAUGACCCUGGGGUUUUGGUGGUGUUUGGAACCCUAGAUUUCUUGCUCCUCUACCUAAUGGUACCUUUUGCUGUCUUUUGGGGAGUUGAAGUGGGAGGGGAAAAGCUUCCAAUAGCUUUCCUACAGGAGCCUCUGGAGGUAGUGUUGACCUUUGCAGUGGAGUGUUUGGGGCAAUAUAAACCUCUUCUUCCUAAGUACCAAGGUGACAUUUAUUCAAAAAGCCCCAUAAGCUUACCUUCUUUUCUAGACAUCCCCAGGCAGAGUUUAUGGUGGUCACACAGGUUUGCUUUUCAGAUACUAUAUACUUCUGGGAAUUGGGAAAUAAGCCUUCAACUUGCACUUGACUUGCACUUGCCCCUCCUGCUGUGUGAGCCCUAG